CUCCUUUGCGCAGGGGCGGGCGGCAGCCCCAGUCCGCUGGCGGGCACCGGCCCCAGCCCGCCGAGUAGCGGCCCCGCCGCCGCCGGUGCCGGCUUUUUGGCAUCCCUAAUCGCUGCUGGCCCCUGUGAUUGGCUGCGCGGCUCUGACCCCGCUCGGGCUCCCGGCUGGGCGGAUAAAAGGGGCCUGAGCCGGGGGCUCCCAGGCACUCCCGGAGCGGGCACCAGGGACCGCUGGCCGCAGCAUGACGGGCAAAGCGGGCGCGGCGCUGGCCCCCAGCCUGCCCGGCAAGCCCAAGCCCGACGGCGCGGCCGCCGCCCCCGCCGCCCCGCCGCUGCCUCCGCCGCCCCCCGCGGCUGGGGUCAAGUCCAACUCUGGGCCCACCCCUCCCCGCUGCACCGGCUUCGGCAUCCAGGAGAUCCUGGGCUUGAACAAGGAGCCGCCGUCGCACCCUCGGGCCGCGCUGGACUCUCUGCCCGCCGGGCACCUGCUGGCGGCCCGCUCCGUACUCAGUCCCGCCGGGGUGGGCGGCGUGGGCAUGGGGCUGCUGGGGGCCAGCGGCAUCCCCGGCUUUUACACCCAGCCCACCUUCCUAGAGGUGCUCUCCGACCCCCAGAGCGUCCACCUGCAGCCCCUGGCCCGGGCCCCCGGGCAGCUGGACAGCAGCCAGACGGCCAGCUCAGAUUCCGAGGAUGUCUCCUCCAGCGACCGAAAAAUGUCCAAAUCCUCCCUAAAUCAGAGCAAGAAACGAAAGAAGAGGCGGCACAGGACAAUCUUCACAUCCUAUCAACUGGAGGAGCUGGAAAAGGCCUUCAAUGAGGCCCACUAUCCUGACGUAUAUGCUAGAGAGAUGUUGGCCAUGAAAACAGAGCUGCCAGAAGACAGGAUACAGGUUUGGUUCCAGAACCGCCGGGCCAAAUGGCGGAAGAGGGAGAAGUGCUGGGGCAGGAGCAGUGUGAUGGCUGAGUACGGGCUCUACGGUGCCAUGGUGCGUCACUCCAUCCCGCUGCCUGAAUCCAUCCUCAAGUCCGCCAAGGAUGGCAUCAUGGAGUCCUGUGCCCCUUGGCUCCUGGUUCAAGAUGGCUUUCCCAUGCCCAGGCGCUUUUCUAAACCCGAAUACCAACAAUUCUUUUUAGGGAUGCACAAAAAGUCUCUGGAGGCAGCGGCUGAGGCGGGGAGGAAGACAGAGGUGGAGCGCCAGGCCCUGCCCAAGCUUGACAAAGGUGACAAGGAAGAAAGGGGUCCUGAUCCCAAAACCACCAUUUCCCAGGAGGAACUGAGAGAAAACAGCAUUGCUGCCCUCAGGGCCAAAGCUCAGGAGCACAGCACCAAAGUCCUGGGGACCAUUGCCGGGGACACCCCAGCCCCAGGCAGGAAGCCGGAGACAGGGGAGGAGGCGGCAGUGGCAGAGGAUGAGAGACAGACGGAGAAGUUGAACUCAUCGCAGAAGGAGGAGAAGUUGAUUUAGGGGGAACAGAAGUGGCAGAAGCCAGCCCCGACAGACACUGUGUCCUCUGGGGGCCAUGUUCCCCCGUUGGACUGCCAGGUGUCCCUGGCCACCCCUGCCAGGGAGAGGGGCCCUGGUCUCUGUGUUUGGGGCUGCCUGGCAGGGGUGCCCACUGUCUGCUCCCCUUGAGCAUACCCCUGCCCCUUGCUCCUCCACCCCACCAGGCCUUCCUCACCCCCCACCCUUUCCUUUUGGGGGACCGGGAAGUGUCACAUCGUCGCUGCCACCAAUGAAACUAAGGCUCUGGUCCCUUCAGCCUCACGACUGGCUCUGGGGCUUUCUCCUCCUGCUGCAGCCCCAAACCCCAUUUGCUGUCCUGAAGCAAGCCUAUGCCCUGCUGCCAUGCAUCUCCUUGGUGCACAACUCUGCCCAGUGCUCCCCAGGCCCCUUCCUUUUGUGCCCUGUCCCACGGUGCCCCAGGCAGACCCGCCACCUUCUGCUGGCCAUCGCCUCUGCCUGUGGCCCAGGCUGCAGCAGGACAAGCCAUGGCAGUGCUUGCAUGAAACGAUGACCAUCCAUCUAGGAUGGUUGGCAUCUUCCACCCAUCGCCCCCUGCUCAGCACUAAGGUCUGCGGGGAAGGGACUGCAGCUUAAGAGCGGUUAUGUUUUGCCUCUCUUUGGCAGGGAGAGGUAAGUUUAGCCCACGGGCACGACACCCUGGUCCCACCUGGCACCCUGAGCUGACUCCAGCCCAUUUCACUGGCUCCUGCAGGGCUGGGUCUGCUCUGCCCUAAACACCAAAACUCUACACCCCUGCAGAGGGGAUGAAUGGUGAAUUUAUUUAUUGAAUACAUUAUUCCAGGUGAGACAACAUCCACCUAAUGUAUUUAUUGAAUUAAAUUCGUCCAGCGCACCCUCUGAGUGUUAAAGGGAACGACAGCCAUGCACAUCCACCCCAAUACACCCUGUAACGUGUACAUACAUCCCAUAGGAGCAUAUGCAGACCCACACAGCCAAACUCACUCCAUGGUACCAUCACCUUCCCAUCCCAGUAAAGCACUAUUCCCCCUCCGAAAGCCGUAGGACAGUGACUUCCAGGUGACCCUUUCUGUCCUGCUUUCAGCUGUGAGCACCCUUUCCCCAGAGCUACUGUUUUUCUUCCAUCAAAGGUUAAGCCCAGUCAUCCAACCCGUUUGUCUUUGUCCCCCGAUCGUUUGAUGUGUUAGAUGAUAGCCCAUGGAGUGUAAAUAAUGUAUAUACAGUGAGAAAAUAAUUCAGUAUUGAGGUGUUUGAGAUAUGGAGCUGUAACAACUUCUAGUCAUCCAGCAUCUGUGAUUUAUGUGCCAUUUUCUGUAAAGAUAUGAAGGAGAAUAAAACUAAACAGGAAUACUG